UAGAGAUUACGUAGAUAUUGACGUUAGCGAUAUUAUUUAAAAGAUAAAUCAAAUCCUCCCUCUCACUAAAUCCUUGGCGACCUAUCUCGUGAGGUAAGUAUAAAAACAGCCGUAAACAAUCCAGACCAUCAGCAACUAUUCUUGUCGCAGUGUAAUGUCGUCAACAAAGUCAGGCAAACAGCUCGUUGGAAGAGACGAAGUAAUCAAUGUGAUCAUAUACAAUCCGAAAAUUGGUGUUAAGUUUUUUGAGAAAGGCUCCCGAAUUGCUACAAUUUCUUAUGAUUCACCCUUUAUUGAGAUAUUAUUCCCGGGCGAUGUCGUUUUAACCGCUGUAAAUUCUGUGAAUGACUUCAACAUUCUUUGUUCCAAAGGGAAAUUGCCUAAAAGUGUCAAAGUAAAGUUUAAACGUGACAGCUAUUACCAAAUAAGAAAAAUAAACACAAAGGAAGUAGUAUCAAAAGAAGGAAAAUAUGAGGAAAUUUCACUUGAAGUGAAGUGGAAGCCUGAUCUUACAAUCGGUAUUCUCGUUGAGGAAGUCGAUGGUGUUGUACGUGUGUCAGAAAUUGACCCUGGAAGUAUAGCCUCUAUGCACAUAAAAUAUGGGGACAUUCUUACUCAAAUAAAUAACAAGAAUGUAGUCGAUAAAAAUGAUGCUAGGAUGAGAAUUAGAGCCAGUAUUGAUAAGGAUCAUUGUGUAAUCUUGAAGGUGAUUAGGAAGCCAAAACUUAGUAACCAGCCAGAACUACCAAGAGACGUUUCUUUGAUUAUGCAACACCAUCAAGGAUUUUGGAAUAAGAAAGAAAAACUUAAGUCAAUCGAAGAGAAGGAGGAUCAGCAAUUACUAGACAACAAAGCCUUCAUAUGUGAGUUAGAAAUUAAAAAUAGUUAAACGCAAAACUUUCUAUUAAUUUUCAGCCAAAUCAUCAGUUUCAACUGCCAUUAUAAAAACGGACUCCGAUAUUAGUGUUGCUACUCCACCGCGCGAUGGAAGUUUAAAACAAGAAUAGAAGGGAGAAUAAUAGAUGUCUAUAUGUAUAAUAUAAAUUAUUCCUAAUAUUAGUGUAGCUUUCAGUCAUUAUUCCUUGCGUUCUUUUCUUCUCUUUUCUUGUUUGUCUAAUGUAGUAAUAAAGCUUGUUAAACG